GGAUUGGUCCGCCAUCUACCGACGACGGGUGGAAGCGUGAAGCAGCGACUGAAAUAGGGACUUCCCUACCCGAUAUCCAGCUUAACAGUUCCGAAAUGUCAAUUUAUUUUAUAAUGAUAUAUAAUACAAAUAAAUUUGUUUCCACCCUUAAAAUCUGCAGAAAGCAACAAUUCUGUAUUGACAAACUGUAAAUGUAGCACUUAAAACACUAAGAGACGUUAUCGUGUUUCCCGCUGAAUGCGCAACAAAGACUUGCCGCAGAAGGUCUUCAGCGGUCAGUGCGUGAAGGGAGAGAAUACAAUGGCUACUGAGCUGAGAUUAUUAGACGACAUCUUACAAAAUUAUGCUCCAGAUUAUUGGACCUCCACAAGCCGUUGUGAGUUUCAGGGCAGGAGGUACAUAAGACGAACUGUUUCCCAAGGCGAAGCAUAUGAUAUGGCAGUCAGACAUUUUCGAAAUCAGUACAGUAUUCUUCAAGUGGACGUAAUUGAAAACCCAUACCAGUACGGGAGAUUCCUUAUACGUAAGGAACAUCUUAGGAAACAGGGAAGACCUGUGGUAGAGAGACAGAUGUACCACCCCGUGCUAGAAAAGGAUGUAGAUCAAGCAUUAGAAUACAAUUGUGACACAAGAUACUACAACGCAGACUCUAAUGACAUGCAAUGUAUCAACAAGAGAACAAGAUUUUAUGCAAUGCCACAGCAUUGUGAAUCAUUUUUUAAUAAUGGUUUCAGGAAAGUUUUUAUUGUAUUGUCUGUAUUAGCUGAGGAUGAAUACAGUGACGCAGUUGUAACAGAUUAUGACACUCAUUAUUAUCCCAUGUUUGUCGUAAUCACCACAUGAUUUGACAAGAACAUUGGUACAUUGUAUAUUCAGCUAUUAUAUCUACUUUUAUACAUUUGUCUAUAAUUACUAAAUUUGACCACUGCAUUAUUCAUUUGUACUAUAGUAUUCAAUAUGAAGACUGUGAAUUAUGUAGAAUAGGAUUAUGGAUACAGUAUUUUAUGUUUCUGAUGUCUCUCACCUAAGAAAAAAAGACAGGCUAGCAGAAAUUUGCAUAUUUGUUUUUGUCUCAUUUGUACUAUUAAGAUAAGGGAAAUAAGAAAACAAGGUCUGUGAUAAAUAUUCGUAACAUAUGUAAUAGGAGUAUCAAACUAGCCUACAUCUUCAUAAUAAUAAACUCUAUGAAAAAUGUUUGUAUUAAAUAUAAACAUUGUUAUGUUCAUGUACUCAUAAACAAUAAAUAUUUGUAUUUCUCUAUAAACAUGUUCCC